UAGAUGUACAAUGUAAGCAGAAUAGAAGAUAAGCAUGCAUUGGAAUACUGUUUCUAUUCAAAAUGCAUUGUGGUUUUUAUUUUUAUCAGUAAUACUAUCUCAGCAUACAACACAGUGUGCAAAUUCAUCAUUGGAUGUAAAGAACCCUGAUACUUGGAAAGAACUGGCAGAUGAACGAUUCAAGCAAUUCGAACAAUCCUUCCUCUGGUCAGUGGUAAAACCACCGAAAAAUGUUAUCCUGUUUAUUGGUGAUGGAAUGAGUUUGAAUACAGUGACUGGUGCAAGAUACUUGAAGGCAGAGCAAAUGAAUUUACUAGGUGGUGAUGUACAAUUGGUGUGGGAUGAUUGGCCUGUGGCAUCACUUGUUCGUACAUUUAACUCAGAUAGACUGACAACGGAUUCGGGUGCUGCAGCAACAGCCUUUAUGUCAGGUGUUAAAGGCCCUUUUAAUACUGUUGGAGUUACUGGCACAGUGAAAUGCUGCGAAUGUACUGAGCUAAAAGAAGUGGAAAGGGCGAAAUCCUCCAUUUAUUACGCUUCGAGGGCAGGACUAUCUACUGGCAUAGUAACCACUACUAGGGUUACUCAUGCCACCCCAGCAGCAGCCUACGCAAAUAUACUACAUCGAGACUGGGAGUCAAAUGGGUCAACCAGUAAGUUAGGAUACCACUGUGUGGAUGCCGCUGUCCAACUACUCACGAAUGCCUCUGAUGUGAACGUUGUAAUGGGUGGAGGUGCAACAGGAUUCUAUGGGGGAUCAGAGAAAAUCGCCUUUUCGGCGAGUGGAAAGCGAUCAGAUUCACGUGACCUUCUCAGUGAAUGGCGUAAUAUACAAGCUGGAAAGCAACGCAAGUAUGCGAUCUUGCAUACAAAUGAGGAUUUUAAGAAGACAAAUUGGUCAUCAGUCGAUUAUGUUCUUGGUUUGUUUGCUCCCGAGCACAUGGAUUACUACAUUGAUAAUUCGGACCAACCCAGUUUGGCUGAUAUGACAGAAGCUGCCAUCAAAGUACUCUCUCGUAAUCCGAAAGGUUUUCUUCUCUUGGUCGAAGGAGGCAGAAUUGAUCACGGUCAUCACAAAAGUCAAGCUAAACAUGCUUUAACUGAAACAUUGGAGUUUGAAAAGGCAAUUGAUAGAGCAUCAACACUUGCAAAGGGAACUGACACAUUAUUGAUGGUGACAGCUGAUCAUUCUCAUGCAUAUGGAGUGAUUGGUUAUCCAUCGAGGAACUUGAGUGUAUUCGACGUGGGUGACGAUUUAAAAGCUGCUGAUAAUAAGUCUUACUUAAUAUCCUCCUAUUUCAAUGGACCAAGAGGUUUGGUGAAUGAAUUUCGAUCUGAUCCUGCAACCGAAGAUCGAUUUGCCAACAACUAUACAGCACAAUCAUUCUUUAGACUUAAUUAUGCUACACACGGUGCUGAAGAUGUUCCAAUAUAUGCAAAGGGUCCAUUCAGUGAACUAUUUCAUUCUGCAUCCGACAACACAUUCAUCGCAUAUGCAACCAUGUACUCGCUGUGUAUUGGGCCUUACGUCAAUAAGACACAUUGUUCCGGAAACCAUAAAUGAAGUCAUGUACAGUGUUUAUCUGAUCUUCAGAAUCGUCGAGCAUAUUGAAGGCUGGUAGUGUUGUGUGUGCCGAAACAUUUCUUCAAUUUACCUGUUGCCAUAGACUGUUUGAUUGCUCGUAGUAGCUACACAAAUAUUCCAUUGUUUUCUAUAACUGUAUUUCCUAACGUUUACUCAGUUUUUCUAUUCCUUCGGAGAAAUUUCUUUCAAAAUGGAAUGCUGAAAAUUGAGUUUGAGCAUGUCACUUUAACCAUUGCGUAACCUUACUUUCUGAAAUCUUGAGCUCGGCGUUUUGUCUCCAUUUGCUGCUUCACUUAUCUUUCUCACCUCUUUGCUAUGCUCUUUACUGAGUCAAGUUUCUUUUCUCAAUUUCACGAUUGAUGACAAGUCGGGGAAAGAGUAUCUUGUUUUGACACUUACUCGCAAGCAGAAACUUGUUUUCAAAUGACGUGAUGGUAUAUAGUUCAAAUUGAUCAUGUGUAUUCCGACUUUUGCUAUUGAAAAUACAAUUAUACCAUUUUAU